AACAUGUUUGCGCGUAUCGUGCUAGUUUAUUAAAAAUGAGCAUCGAAGUUUUGCAGUUAUUUGAACAAACUCAACAUUUUUGAGUUAAAAAAACUUGUGCACAUUUCUGGUCUUGGUUGUAACAUAAUCAAAAAAUGAGUGUCGUCGGUCAUUUGCUAAGGGCAACGACAUUUGCAAUCAUGAUGAUCGAAAUCGGUUCUGAGCCUACGACAGCGAAAUAUACGUACAACUCGUCUGAUAUAUCGUAUUUGUCGAACGGAAUACAGUUUCCGGUUUUUUCUGAGCGCAGCGACAAUUUAAUUGUGGAAUAUAAUGGCGCUGAGGGGGUCAGCGAAAUGAAGUGGUUCGCGGGGCUGUACGACCAACACAACUGGUUUGAUAGGCUGGACAAAAUUCCAGAGAAAACGUGCAAGGAAGACAUGGCCGUUUAUUUGUUUAAUUUGCUUAAUGGCACUUCGUGGGCUGCUAAAGCUUAUGAUUCAUCCGGGCGUUAUAGUGGUCAAUUUUUCUUCGGCAACGAUUAUUGGUUGGGAUCCAUGUCGCUCUGUUACGAACUUCAAAAUCCCCACACCAACAGCGAAGUACCACCGUUCGACUUUCAAUUCUAUGUUGCGAAAAUAAGGAUAAAUAUUAACGCGAACCUCACUCCUGUGACUCGCCAACUGAAUCUGGGGCAAUGCCUUCCGAAAUCUUGUAAAAUUUCGGAUGUCAAAACGAUCUUGAUUUAUGAAAAAAGCCGGGCUUCCUCGGUUAGUAUUGUCAACGUCAGACGAGUGCCCGGAGACUACUCCUUACUGACAGAUGUAAAAGUUCAAAUUGUGGGAGGAUGUGGUCUUGCCACGGUAUUUAUUAUAAUCGUGGCAUCUGUCGUUGAGGUGUCUUUGAAAAAUCGGAGAAACAAAAUUGGCCACAAGGAUGUCGAAUUUCAAAAUAAUAACAUUGACGGAGGAAGCAAGGAAGCGGUAGUAAAAUCACAAGAAAUUGAAAAACAAAAGAAUAAUAUAAUUUUAAGGUUACUCUUAUCGUUUUCUGCGCUUACCAACGGCAGAAAAAUCAUGUCGGUUGAACGUAUAUCCCAAGACGCUAUCGGCUGUAUCCACGGGUUGAGAUUUUUUUCCAUCACUUGGAUUAUUCUGGUGCAUACGUAUUUGGAGGUUUUCGCAAUAGGAAGAAAUAAAAGUCUACGAACGGUCACGGAACGUGGGUUUAUGUAUCAGACAAUUUCUAAUGCAACAUUUUCCGUCGAUACUUUUUUCUUUAUCAGCGGUCUUCUUGUUACCCUAAUUUUCUUCAGAACGGACAAUAAGAAAAUCAAAUCGAUUAAGCAGCUCAGCGGUUUGGAAAUAUUUGGAGUCGAAUUACGAAAAUUUACAGUGAUGGUGUUUUAUAGGUUCGUGAGAUUGACUCCUGCGUACCUGUUCGUGCUGGGAGCCAACGAAAUUAUCAUGCGGUAUAUUCACAAUAACUCUGUUUUUUCGCCUGCGAUAUUGGACCACGUGACCUGCGAUGUUUACUGGUGGAGGAAUAUCCUGUAUAUUAACAAUUUUUUUCCUCAAGCAGAAUUUUGUAUGAUAUGGUCCUGGUACAUGGCAAAUGACACCCAAUUUUUCAUAAUCGCAGCUAUUUUGUUGCCAAUUGCUGUUAGGGGAUACAAGCAUCUGAAAUUCGUUGCGAUUUUUAUUGCGCUUCUAAUGCUGUUAUCUUGGAUCACAACCUUCCUAAUAGCUAUGCGAAAUGACUAUGUUGCUCGAGUCGAGGAACCCUUUGCUCUAUUCGACCAACUGUAUGAUAAACCCUGGAUGAGAGUGGGAUCCUAUCUCGUGGGGAUAAUAAUUGGAUACCUACUGUUCAAAAUAAAUUGCCAGUUAACCCUAAAACCCAUGACGGUAGUGUUUGGGUGGACAUGUGCUCUGACUUGUUUGGGUACUCUAGUUUAUGGACUUGGUAAAGAAGGGCUUACAGUUCCAGCGUCGGCAUUUUACGUUGCUUUAGGACAUACCGCUUGGGGUUUGGCUAUAGCGUGGAUAACAGUGGCCUGCUGUACAGGAUAUGGAGGCCCUUUUAAUUGCAUUUUUAGUUGUAAGCUAUUUUUACCACUCAGUAGACUGACAUACGGAGCUUAUUUGGUCCAUCCAGUUAUCAUGUGCCUUACAAGUUUUGCCUUGGACGGAUCUCUACAACUGCACAAUGUAAUGACGAUUGUGAUAUUUUUUGGAAACGUAGUGGUCUCGUUUAUGUGCGCGUUUUUGAUAUCCGUUGCAUUUGAAGCUCCCGCGGUAAACUUAUUAAAAGUCAUUUUUAAUUAAUUGAAACGAUCCAGAUAAGUCCGAGCCAAGACUGCCCGACUUUCCUUACUAACUGGGUUGUUACCUUCCCAGGCAGUGUGAAAACGAGAUGAAAAAGAAUAAACUGAUUGAUAUUUAGUGAUUGUGGCUUCUUUAUUUACUUGUCGGAUAAAACUAGAUCUAGGCAAAAAGAAAACUGAAUUGG